GGGGCGUGGAGGGGGCGUGGCGAUGUCUGCCCUCCAGACAAGGCGGGGUUGGUGGCCUGGGCGACAGCGGGGCGGGCCCGCGCCGGGGGUCGUGGCCGGGGCACGUGGUGCGGAACCGGCGCCGCGCUUUCUGCUGGUAAGAGGGCCUUGCCUAGUGGGCCUCCCUUCCCAGGUUGCCGGUCAGUGCCUACUAGAGACAGGACUGACCAGUUGCUCUUCCUUCCAAGAACCUUCAAGAUCUGUGGACUGGGCUUUGGUUGAAAGAUGGCGGCCCUCACGACCCUGUUUAAGUACAUUGAUGAAAAUCAGGAUCGCUACAUUAAGAAACUCGCAAAAUGGGUAGCUAUCCAGAGUGUGUCCGCGUGGCCCGAGAAGAGAGGCGAAAUCAGGAGGAUGAUGGAGGUUGCUGCCGCAGAUGUUAAGCAGUUGGGUGGCUCUGUGGAACUGGUGGAUAUCGGAAAACAAAAGCUCCCUGAUGGCUCGGAGAUCCCGCUCCCUCCUAUUCUGCUCGGCAGGCUGGGCUCCGACCCACAGAAGAAGACCGUGUGCAUUUACGGGCACCUGGACGUGCAGCCUGCAGCCCUGGAGGACGGCUGGGACAGCGAGCCCUUCACCCUGGUGGAGCGAGACGGCAAGCUGUAUGGGAGAGGUUCAACUGAUGAUAAGGGCCCGGUGGCCGGCUGGAUAAACGCCCUGGAAGCGUAUCAGAAAACAGACCAGGAGAUUCCUGUCAACGUCCGAUUCUGCCUUGAAGGCAUGGAGGAGUCAGGCUCCGAGGGCCUAGAUGAGCUGAUUUUCGCCCAGAAAGACACAUUCUUUAAGGAUGUGGACUAUGUCUGCAUUUCUGACAAUUACUGGCUGGGAAAGAAGAAACCCUGCAUCACCUAUGGCCUCAGGGGCAUUUGCUACUUUUUCAUCGAGGUGGAGUGCAGCAACAAAGACCUCCAUUCCGGGGUGUAUGGGGGCUCGGUGCACGAGGCCAUGACUGAUCUCAUUUUGCUGAUGGGCUCUUUGGUGGACAAGAGGGGGAACAUCCUGAUCCCCGGCAUUAACGAGGCUGUGGCCGCCGUCACGGAAGAGGAGCACAAGCUGUAUGACGACAUCGACUUUGACAUAGAGGAGUUUGCCAAGGACGUGGGGGCGCAGAUCCUCCUGCACAGCAACAAGAAAGACAUCCUCAUGCACCGAUGGCGGUACCCGUCUCUCUCCCUCCAUGGCAUCGAAGGCGCCUUCUCUGGGUCGGGGGCCAAGACGGUGAUUCCCAGGAAGGUGGUUGGCAAGUUCUCCAUCAGGCUCGUACCAAACAUGACUCCUGAAGUCGUCAGCGAGCAGGUCACAAGCUACCUGACUAAGAAGUUUGCUGAACUGCACAGCCCCAACGAGUUCAAGGUGUACAUGGGCCACGGUGGGAAGCCCUGGGUCACCGACUGCAGUCACCCUCAUUACGUGGCUGGGAGAAGAGCCAUGAAGACAGUUUUUGGUGUUGAGGCAGACUUGACCAGGGAAGGCGGCAGUAUUCCCGUGACCUUGACCUUUCAGGAGGCCACGGGCAAGAACAUCAUGCUGCUGCCUAUGGGGUCAGCGGAUGACGGAGCCCACUCCCAGAAUGAAAAGCUCAACAGGCAUAACUACAUAGAGGGAACCAAGAUGCUGGCCGCGUACCUCUAUGAGGUCUCCCAGCUGAAGGACUAGGCCCGGCCUCCUGUGUGUCACCUCCGACGAGAAGGAAUCCCGCCCUCACCCCACCCUUUU